AUGUCUGAAGAACGCAGCAAGAUAUCUCUCCGGAGCGGGCCCAAGCGAAAGGGCCGCCCGACGAUUAGUGCCCCGAGGCAGAUCUCGAGCCCCAUGCCACAGGAUGAGGCCCUCAAAGGCAGUGCGGGCAGGCCCGUCGAGCCCGUCCCCAGGCCUCGUCUGCGUCCGCCGCCCAUGGCUGGAGGCAAGACCUCGAACCUCGUCAAGCAGCGGUACUCGACGAGAUUCAACAAUAUCCCGACAAGCCUCGCGCCCCCCAUGCCCUCCGUCCCGGCAAUGCCCACCCAGGAUCGCCGGCCACCCCCAUCCCGCAUGGGCGCCGCCCCCGUCAUCAAUAUCAAAGCGCUGCGAGACCCCAAUCUCGUCCCUGACCAGUUCGUCUCGGCCGUGCUGGGCGACGCGACCGAGGAUCAGAUCCACGACUUUGAAGAGUCGCUGCGCAAGAUAAAGGGCCGGGCCGCGGCCGAUCUCCAGCAGAACCUGAUGCAGAACCGCACCCAAUUCAUCAAGAUCAGCAAGGAGGCGGAGAAGCUCAAGGGCGAGAUGAGGGCCCUGCGUAACUUGAUGGCUGACCUCAAGACCAACACGGCCGCUCUGCGGGCUGCGUCGCUCAAGAACAACGAGCAGGCCGGCGGCUCCGGACGUGCGCCUGCGGGCUUGAGCAAGCGAGACAAGCGGAGCUCGGUGGCGGACAGAAGCGCACUCUGGAACUCGCAGAUGCAGGCCUUGUACAAGAACGUCGAGGGCUCGCAAAAGUUCCUACCCAACUCGGCCGGGCGCCACGUUGUCCAAAACGCCGGACCCUGGGUCGAGUUGGACAAUGCGACGUACAAGUCUCGAAGGGCGAUGCAGGUCUUCUUGCUCAACGAUCACCUCCUCAUUGCGUCCCGCAAGAAGCGCAAGGUGGACGCGCCAAACGCGGACUCGCGGGGACCCAUGAUCAAGCUCGUGGCGGACCGCUGCUGGCCGCUGCUGGACAUUGAAGUAGUCGACAUACCCGGCACGGGAGAAUCGGCGGGGGGGCGGAACAAGCUGGCCGACGCCAUCAUGAUCCGCGGUGGCGGCCAGGAGUCCUUCAUCUAUCGCACCGAGAAGCCGCAGGACUCGGAGAAACAGAGUCUCCUGCUCAAUGUCCGCAAGGCGGUCGAGGAGCUGCGCAAAGGCCUGCGGUCCGAGAUGGAGGCCAACAACAAGGCCCGCGAGACCAUCAACUACUUUGCGUCCCGGGACCCCGGCCUGCUACAGAAGACGGAGCUGCUGGAAACGCUGUCGGAUAUCAAGGACAUGCUCAUCGAGGUGGACGGCAAGCAGCAAAACCUCCGGUGGGUCGAGGGGCAGAUGGACGAGCUGGACAUUGACAUUGCCCUUCAGCGGGUUGAGCCGGCCGUGGCGCUGGUGGAAAAGCUCAAGGGCCUCGCCCGAAGCCUCAGGGGCAACGUGAUGGCGCAGGACUUUAUCAACUUCAAGGUUGAGGAGCGCGGCACCAAGCUGGCCGGCGUCAUCCUCCGGGACCUGGAGACGACGCACACGCAGCAGCUCAAGACGAAGCAAAACGUCAGCUGGCUUACGAGGCUCGGCUUCGAGGACCAGGCCAGGGAAGCAUACAUCGCCGCCCGGAGUGGAAUCAUCCGCAAGAGAGCAAGGCAGUGCAUUUUCCAGGGGGACCUUCACCUCUACAUCUGGCAGCUCUCAUUUUCCUACUUCAACAUCAUCCAUAACACGGUGCAGUGCUUCCAGAGCUGCUUCCCGCCGCCCAUGAUGAGCGCGUGCGUCAAGUGGGCCAAGGAAGAGGUGGAUGCCUUCAACGCGAUUCUGGCGAGGCAGCUGAGCAGCACGGAGCGUGGCGGGCAGGUAUGGACGCAAUGCAUGGAGCGGGCCAGGGAGCAUGCCAAGGUACUGUCGCAGGUCGGGCUCGAUUUUCAGAGCCUCGUAUGCCGGGGCCUGGACGACGAGGGCGCGGCUGCGGGCGGCGGGGACGGGUCCGACCCUGGCGUGGGACUGGGACUGGCCUCUUGA